AUGAAUCAAUUUAAUAUUAGUAUUGAAAGUAAUAAGGAUAUUGGUAAUGAAAGUGAUAACAACAUUAAUAACAAAAGUGAUAAUGAUAUUAAUAAUGAAAGUGAUAACGAAUUUUAUAGCCAAGAAUCAAGUGAUCUUUUUUCUCAGACAAAU